AUGGGUGAACAAGGAGGAGCACCACAAUCACCUUUACCCCUCCCCGAAUUUGAUGAUGAUACGAUUGGACAUUGGGCUAGUCAUUUACCUGAUGUGGCUGGAGUGAUGGAAGUCAUAGAGCGAGCGGAAGACCUUCCAGGAAUUCCGUGGCCAGACCACGUUGAAUUGGAGGAACAUCAACUUCAGGAAGUAGCAGACAAUGACGGUAACGCAGUUGGCAUGGAGGAGGAUCAACUAGCAGCCAAUGACGUCCGUAACGCAGUUUGCAAGGAGGAUGAUCAACUUCAGGGAGUAGCAGACAAUGACAGUAACGCAGUUGGCGUGGAGGAGGAUCAACUAGCAGCCAAUGAAGUCGGGUUAGUACUAAGCGAGUGGACGGAUGAUUGGGCUAAUGAACUUGAUAAUUAUCAAAUGGAUGAAGAAGGGGGAGAGUCAGUGGAUUUUGACGUUGCAGCCUUAUCCAAUAUUUCUCCGUACUACGUGGAUAAUUCAGGAAAUUGUUACAAGUUUGGCGAGGAGAAUCAACCCCAGGAGGGAUUCGCGAGGAGGAGAAUCAACUAG